UUAUCUAAUCAGUAAUGUAGAUUUGAUCGUAAAAUGAUUGUGUAGAUACAAUAUCUCCUACUGUAAUGCUCAUUACUGUCGAUUCAUCAAAGCGUAACAGUAGAUGGUGAUAAUUUAGUAUUUUUUGCGUAUAUCUGGAGUUUUUAAAUGUAAUUGAAUUCGAAAUGGAGGAUUAUAAGUUUCUCUUCAAAGUAGUGCUGGUUGGUAACGCAGGGGUCGGUAAAACAUGUUUGGUGCGAAGGUUCACUCAGGGAUUGUUUCCUCCCGGGCAAGGCGCGACUAUUGGAGUCGAUUUUAUGAUCAAAACGGUCGAAGUGGACGGUGAAAAAGUGAAGUUACAAAUAUGGGACACUGCGGGUCAGGAAAGGUUCCGUUCUAUAACCCAAAGUUACUACAGAUCAGCACACGCACUGAUUCUUGUCUAUGACAUAUCUUGCCAACCCACCUUUGACUGCCUGCCUGAUUGGCUAAGGGAAAUUGAGGAGUAUGCCAAUAAUAAGGUGCUCAGGAUACUAGUUGGUAAUAAGACAGAUAGGGAAGACAGGGAGAUACCGAGGCAUAUCGGCGAAGAUUUCGCGCAAAGACACGGCAUGUAUUUUCUCGAGACGUCGGCAAAGGAGGCUGAGAAUGUCGAGCGACUGUUUAUGGAGAUCGCCGUUGAACUUAUGGAGCAAGCAAAAUGCAAGGAGCUACCAAAGUACGACGGAAGUUUAGGACCUAUCAAUGGGAAGACGACUUCGGUAGGCGACAGCUCUUGCUGUCUUCGUUCGUAAAUUAACGAAUUUAUGCAAUGAAUUCUCAUUGUUCGGGAGAAAAGGCACACAUGCAAACACAUUAACGUUAGAAUUUGAAUAGAUUCUGGAGACAACAGGAAUAUUGAUGUUGAAAAGUCAACUCUAGCUCUACUAUUUCUCAUGACCAUUUCGGUUCUAACGUAACUUAUUAGAGGUAAUGUGUUGCAUUGUAAUCACAUGUUUCUUUUUCUUUUUGUAGCUAUAUUACUUGGUGUUAUUAUCUCCCAAACAGUGUAAGUUUUCUUGAAUUUAUCUCAUUGAUAUAUUAUAUUAGUUUGUAUGGAGUUGUGGUAUUUUUGUUAAUAAUAAAACAUCAUUUAACGUUAAUGUUACAUAUUUAUGAGCAUAAUUAUGAAGUAUUUUUUUGUUGUUAGUCGUUUAUUAGAAUUAUUUACUUUGAAGCGGGACGUGGAUUAUAUUUAUAUUAUUAUUUAAGAA